AAGCGACUGUUCCACAAUCAGCACGGGGGCGCGGAGCCUUUAAAGGCGCCGAGCGCCACCUCGUCCCGGCGGCUCCUGUUCCUGGCGACAGGGCUCGAGCCAGGUCUAGCGCGGGCGAGGGCCUCCUCCAGCGACACCCCCAAACCGAGUGUGGGAGCUCCGGGGCCCCCAGCAGGAACCCUCCCCCCUUCCUCCGCUUCGGCCCGGCCGGGGCGCGCAACCUCGGAUCCCGCGCUCCCCGCCCGGAGCAUCCCGGGCGGGGCCAGAGGCGGGGCGCAAGCGGCCCUUCCUCCAGCCGGCUCGGCGCCCGCCGCGCGGCGACCAUGGGGGCGCGGCUGGGCCGGCGGGCCGGGCCCGAAGCGGGCUCGGAGGCUGGGGCGGCGGCGGGGUGCGGGCCGGCGCCCUAUGAGCGCCGGGUGCGCUGGCUCCGCGAGAUCCAGUCCACGCUCCGCGAGCGGCGGCCAGAGCGCGCCCAGCAGCUGCUGCGCCUCCUGCGCCAGGACCUGGGCCUCGAGGGGACCCUCCUCACAGACAUCCUCUACAGGAAUGUGGCCUUCCUCAAUCUGGUGGACCCCAUCUCCCACGACCUGCUUGUGAACCUGGCCCGGGACCUACAGUGCCCCAAGUCGUGGAAGCACGGAGCCCUAACCACUGGACCGCCAGGGAAUUCCCUAGACCCGUUUCCUGAAUUUCAGCACUGUGCGCCAGGCCCUGGGACCCAGGACUAUGAGCUCUGGAAGUCCUCGGACAAGACCUGCCGGCAGCUCAUCUACCACCUCACCCCUCACUCCAAGUGGCAGCAGGGGUCCAGCCUGCCCCGAAGGAAGACCCAGAGCUGCCUCAAGAGCAACCUCCAGAAGACUCUGCCGGCGGGGGAGACCGUGAACCUAUCGGGGAUACCACUGUCAGUACAGGACGUGCAGCAUAUCAUGCACUACCUGGGCAGCCAGGGCGCCAGGCUGGCAGUGCUGGACCUGAGCUUCACGGGGCUGAGUGAUGAGCUGCUGCACCAGCUGCUGCCCAGCCUCUGGACGCUGCCCCGCCUCACCCAGCUUCUGCUCAACGGCAACCGGCUGACGCGGGCUGCCGCCCGUGAGCUCACUGAGGCCAUCAAGGACACCACCAAGUUCCCGGUGCUGGCCUGGGUGGACCUGGGCAACAACGUGGAUGUGGCCUCCCUGCCCCAGCCCCUGCUGGUUGGCCUGCGCCGGCGGCUAAGCCAGCGCACCUCGCUGCCCACCAUCUACGAGAGCCUGGACCCAGAGCCUGAGGGUGGCGUGGCCGGGGCCACGGCCCUUGCCUCCACCUGGGGCUCUGCAGCUGCUGGGCCAGGGCCCGAGCCCCAGGCCUGCUGCACCAGGUGACCCGCCGCCCGCCCUGGCUCCUUCCUGACUGGCAAAGCACUCGAGCACAUGGGAGGGGGUGAUGGAGGUGGAGUUACCCCCCAGGACCCAGAUCCAGUGCACAGAGGAGGAUGGGCUCAUUGGAGACUGGAUGGUCGGUCCAGGCUGGAGUCUCAGCCUUCCCUCAGCAGGCACCUACUGUGCAGACCCCACAAUAAAGGCUGUUGCCACCUCCA